AUGGCCAAUAGCUCAAAUAGCCACAUAUCUCAGGCCUUCGAAUGUAACUGCGAAAUAGCCGAUAUUAGAACUAAGAUGGAGCGUAAGAGCACACAAGGUUAUUUUAUCUCAGAUGAGGAACUACUGGCUGCGUUAGAAGACAGCGAGUUCGAAUUUGAUGAUCUCGACAAUGAUAAAAAUUUUGUGCCGAAUGAUGAAAGUGAUGACGAUGAACAGCAGGACAAAGGUGAAACUACUGAAGCUGAGGGUGACCAAACCGAGAACCAGAUAGAGGAAGAGGGACUGAACGAGGAAGAGGGACCGAUCGAGGAAGAGGGACCGAUCGAGGAAGAAGGGAAAGACGAGGGAGAGGGGGCAGAUGUGGAAGGGGCCAACAACGAGGUAGAGGAGGAGGUGAUGGAGAUGGCUGUGGUAGACGACCAAAAGCAAUUUGGGCAGGUGAAACUCUCGAUACAGAUUUUCCUCCGUUUCUGGCACCGGCUGACGAGCGUUGCAAUAGGGAUGGCUGGAAUGCAUUGCAACACUUCAAUGAAUACUUCGAUGACAGUUAAUGUUACCUAUCUGGUUCUCGGUUUGGUCACCCUCAGCUUCAGUAGUUUCACCUUUGUCCUGCUGUUCAUCGUCAUCACUUUCAUCAUUCGGCACAAAAUUUUUAUCAUUGUCGAGAUCAUCAAAUUCGAACUCGCUGUCUUCUAA